CCAAUCCAUGUGCUUCCCUUCAAACAUUAUUCUUGUCAUUUUCCUCCCAACCAUCUUCUACUUUGGCCAACUUUUUUUGUUGCUUUAAAAAAAAGAAAUUCAAAUAUGCAAAUAUCCACUCACACAUAAUACAUUCUCUUUUUACAAUCCUUAGAUUGUCCCUUUUGCCUUCUUCCUCUUGUUCUCUUCCCACUUUACUCCUGAUUCUCUUCCUUUUGGAAUUUCAUCGAACUACUCAACAACCCUAUAUACAUUUUAUUUAUUUUGUAAUAUUCUCAUGCAGAUUAAAUAAUAAGAAAUGUCGACCACUUUCAUCCAUAUAUAAAUAGGCAUGAUGCACGUAACAUGGCCCCAAACCCUAUAGCAACACACUCUUCACGACUCAUAUCAUUUUCCAUUAUUACUAUUAUUAUACUUGCACGUCAUGAAUUCAAUGGUAAGAGACCGCAAAGAACAAAUGGUAAUCCAGUCUUCAAUCGUCUUGCUUCAAGAAAGAUUCAGACAACUUCAGAAAGCGCGAGAGUUAAGAGCUGAACGAGAGCUCCUUAACCCUAAACCUAACCACCAAGACAAAAAUAUCUCACAAUAUUACAGGGAACCCGUGAGUUUUGGUUUCUUCCAGUUUCUACCUCUAAACUCUCAAACAAGCUCGUCACAGCAGCUCCUCUCCCUCUCCUUGUGCCCUCACUCCACCUCUGAUUCCAUUGAAAAGCCUAGCUUUUAUCAUCACUGGCCAAAAAAGGACGAGAAUAAGGUGGUUGGGAUUGAUAGAUACGAUGACGUUGACACGUCUCUGCGUCUCUAAACUCAUAAAAAUUGCUCCUCUCCAUCUUUUGUUGUUUUUGUUUUGUUUCUAAUUUAGAAAUAUGUAUGUAUAACCUUUUUGGUCGGUAUUCUCCUUUACGGAGUCUUGUAGGUGGUGAUGAUAUGUAAUAUGGAAGGUUCAAAUGCGAUCAAAUAUAUUAUUAACUAUUUCGGAGCUA